UGUGUGUGUGAAGCUGGAGGAUCACAAAGAAAGAAUUUCAUUUUUUAAAGAGGAGGAGGAGUGCAAGUGGGUGACUGUUACCAUUAAAGCUGAGGAUUUGAAUGAUUUCUCCAUUGGUCUUGAACUUCAAAAGCAUGAAACUGAGGAUAUUUUCAAGAAAGAUGCCUGUGAGGAACCUCCAUCCAGUUUACAGCCCUGGUUCACUAAUAGGAGACAACUGGCUGCGCAGGAGAAUUCUGCAGAGCUGAAAUCGGAUUUAUCCGAGUCUGAAGAGAAAAUCACAGAGGGAAAUGGGAGAGAAGAAGAGUCACCUGGGAGUGUUGGAAUAAAUUUACAGAAGAAUGGCAGCUUCUCUUCAUCUUCAUUUGGUCAGCCCUCUCUUCAGUACAAAGAGAAAGGUAUGAAGAAAUCAGCAAGUGGAUCAGAGAAUCUGACAGCAGCCUUUUUGCAGUGCAGUUCUCUCAUUGCUACUGGAGCAACACAGACAGAAGCCAUCAAAACUGAUCGACAGCAGGUGGAGAAAGAAAUCCAAAUUCAUACUGGAAAAAAAUGUUGUUUGGAAUGUGGCAAACAAUUCACACAGAAAUGUGAUCUUAAUAAGCAUAUGAAGAUUCACACUGGUGAAAAACCAUAUUGUUGUCAUGAUUGUGGUAAGUCAUUCUCAACAAGAAGCAGUCUUCAUAACCAUAGAGUUAUCCACACAGGACAAAAACCUCAUUGUUGUCCAGAAUGUGGAAAGUCUUUCUCACAUAUAGGCAAUCUUCAGAGGCACAGAACAAUCCACACAGGAGAAAAACCUCAUUGUUGUUCAGAGUGUGGUAAGUCAUUCUCAACAAGUGGAAAUCUUCAACGACACAGAAGUAUCCACGAAGGAAAUAAACCUCAUUGCUGUCCAGAAUGUGGAAAGUCAUUCUCACAAAGAUACAGUCUUAAGAGGCACAGAAGAAUCCACACAGGAGAAAAACCUUAUUGUUGUCAAGAUUGUGGCAAACAGUUUUCUGACAAACGCACUUUUAAAAAGCACACACAGAUGCAUACUGGAGAGAAGCUAUAAUGCUGUUCUCAAAGUGGAAAAAGGUUUUUUUACAUUACCAAUUUAAAAAGACAUGCAAAAGCUGACCUUGGAGAGAAAACAGAGUAUGUAUGUUCUGAAUAUGACAAAUGUUUUUGAAAGACAGAACAUUCUUCUUUCACGUGCCAUAAUCCAUAAUGAAAAAAAAUCUAAUGGCUGAAUCUGAAUGUGGAAAACGAUUCUUAUAUUUAUGCUCUCUUCAGUCCCACAUCUGAAAUCACACUGGCGAGAAAUCUAAUUGUUGUCCUGAAUGUGAUAAGCAGUUCUCACAACACAGCUCUGUACAGAGUCACGUAAGACUUCACACUGGAGAGAAACCUCACAGUUGCUUGGAGUGUGGCAAACAAUUCUCAUGCCUUAAUUCUCUUUAUGAUCACAGGAGAUGUCAUACUGGAGAGAAGACUUACAGUUGUAACUGAAUGUGGAAUGCGAUUGUCAUAUAACAGUUGUCCUCACAAACAUAAAAUAAUUCAUUCUGGUAAGAAAAAAAGCUGUUCUGAAUGGGACAUAAUUUUCUCAGACACUGCGACUCUUAAAGACCACAUGAGAAUUCACUCUGGAGAGAAACCCCGCUAAAAAUGGAGAAGUCAAAUCAAAUUCCCAGUGUGGUGCCAACUACCAGGAGGUGCCACUGACAACAAGGGGAAUAUUUUUGUUUCGGAGGUUUGGAGAUGGGGCCUUGUCUGAGUAGCAAUGAACUUGUACCAUCUCUGGGAUGUCAUCUGAUGGCCGACGCCUGGGCGGAGUGCAGACAGCCAUUCUUAACCCUGAUAAAGAAGAAGUCAUUUAGUGAUGUCAGCUGACAGCCAGUGCUGUCAGAUACUGGGGAGGGACAGUCAAGAAGGACAGGAGACUAAAAAGAGAGUCGUCACAUGACAGACCAAUGUAUUGGGGCUUUAUAAGACUUUUACACUAAUUUAGGUUAUCAUUUAUAAAUGAUGAGUCUUUACAAACCAAACACAUUCAAGUGUGUGUCAAGGGUGAGUCCAAAAAUGGGAAUUUAAGAAGAUCGAAAUACAAAUAAAAUUAAACAUUCAGGGUUCAAAGAGAAAUGUUUAAGACCUUAAGAGAGAGUCACAACAGCAUGCUAGGGUUAGCACGGGGACCACAGUUGUGAAGAAUAUCAAUUAAUUUGUAGAAGGAAUAUUAUUUAAAAUAGUAAUAAUAAUAAUUUUAUGAGAAAUUGGACACCAUAAUGAAUGCAGAAUACAAUGACAAUGAAAUGAACUGAUUUUAUUGUGUGACAUAUUAGAGAAAAGGGGAAGACAAGGCAGAAACACACAGGGAUCUCUGUGACCCAGCUGUUCAUUUGAUAAAUUAACCUAAAAAUGUAACAGAUGUUCCUUCGCUCCAUGUCCGUAUAUCCUGGGGUGGUGUGUGAUGGACGCUCUAUACUCUGAAUGUGUUGAUUCAGGUUUCAGUUUGAGUUCAGCACCUUCUUCAUAUCGAUACCCAAGACAACGUUUCUUCACGUCGAGACUACAGGCUGGAGGCCACAGGAGCUCCAAUUAACUCCAACAGCAAGAUGGACGAUUAGAAAGCUCUGCUUUGAGAGAGUGUCAGCUACACAAAGCUUCGGCUUCAUUUACUUGACAGAAAACUCCAAAAGUAGAAGUGGCCCCUUCUGUACCCCCACCACUGAACGUCAAAUGUGAGCCCACAGUACUCACCAUUGGUUCACUCUGCUUGGACUUUCGGUAUUUUGUAAGUUUGUUUCAUUUUUUGGCCACACACUUUUUACAUUUCAUUGAUGUUCUCAAAUGUGUGAAUAUAGCUUGACUCUUACAAGGACUUAUCUAAAAUGGGUACAUUGGCAAUGAACUGCAAGAAGGCAGAAAAAUAGAAAAAGUGGAGCCCACAAAUUUAGGAAGUGAUAUCCAUGAAAUACGCUCAGUGGCAGAGGUCACGUGGACAAAAUCAGAAAAGGCAGGUGCCGACUGAAAACAAAAGAAGAAAGCUGAUUGGUGGAAAGAACUGUCAGUCACUCCUGAGUGGACUGUUUAGGACAGCCGUGGCAUGCAGACUUCAAAGUUCAUAUGGUUUUGAUUUCAAAUCUGUGACCAUACACUGAGUAAGUCUGUUAUUUAUCAGUUAGCAUGUUCUGAAACUGUAAUGUCUUCACAAAAAUCACACAAACACGUAAUGUGGCGUUUGUUAUCAAUCACUUUUGUUGAAUUUUAUGACACAAUUCAUCAGCCCAGUAUAGAGUGCCACUUCCAGAUCAGCAACCCCACUACACCCCGUAGCACAUUUGGAGUUUGGGACUGGAGCACAAAGUAGAUGGCACUCUGAGAAGGACAGACUUGUAAGACGUGAACAAAGCCAGCUGCCCUUCCUGGUCUGUCUUCAUUCAGAAGGACUCACCUGAGUGGUGGGAUUGUUCUGCGGCGCUCCUGUUAGCCAACAUUUCAUCAGCUUGCUUUCUGCGUUUCAUCAGGUAACCAGCAGAGUUAAUCACAGAUGAGCCAGGCCUGUUACAAUGUGAAUAUUCUUGACAUUUUCUUUUAUUUUAAAUAUUUUUCUGCUUCUUUUCUUUGAGUUCUUAUAGGCCUUGUACAUUAAAGAUUAUUAAUACAUGAAAAUUUGGUGUUAAUAAUGAAUUGACAAUUAAUA